AUGUCUCGAAGUAUCAUUANUGUAUCUGGUUGGCCAGCGAAUCGCGAAGUACCAGGUAAUAUUAAGCCAUUUAUUAAUCGAAAGCUAUGUUUGUCCUUGCAGAGUGGCAUUAUACUCCUGCAAACGGAUUACACUAGAAUUGUGAUUCCCAAACAACUGCAAUCAAAAGUUCUGACUCUUCUUCAUGAGGGGCAUUGGGGCAAAGAGCGAAUGAAGCAGUUGGCUAGACGCUACGUUUGGAUCCCGGGUAUUGAUAAGCAAAUUGAAAAUGUGCAUGCUACUUGCGCUAUCUGUCAAGCAAGCGCAAAUUUGCCAAAAAAAGAAUUUUCACCUUGGCCAGAACCGUCAGGUCCCUGGGAAAGACUUCAUUUGGAUUUUGCGGGUCCCUAUUUCAACCGUAUGUGGUUAAUCGUGGUAGAUGCUUAUUCGAAAUUCCCAUAUACAAUAGAAUUGGCAGCGGCAACAACUAUGACGACAAUCGCUGCACUGCAACGUAUUUUCUCUGUGGAGGGUCUGCCAAUAACCCUUGUUACAGACAAUGGUACGCAAUUCACAUCGCGAGAAUUUAAAGAGUUCUGCGAGCGUAACGUCAUGCUCCUUUCCAUCCAGCGUCAAAUGGACUUGCGGAAAGGGAGGCAAAUCGCCAUCAGAAUUGCUCCAUGGUCGUCAACCGAGAAUCGUUUUGGCAGCAUUAUUUCCAAGUAA